AUGGCUUUGGUUCACAAGUUGCUGAAUGGCACUUAUAUUCUCAGAAAAUGCCAGUUGCCAAGUGCUACCUCACGCCUAUUUUUGGGUCCUCAAUUUGCAGACUACUGUUCCAGUAGUCUCCAUAAACCUGUGGCUGUCCCCGACAAAGGGGGCUCCCCUCAGAAGACUGAAAGAGAUUUGCAGGGACAUCACCAGAGAGAAGUUGCUUUGGACAUAACUUCUCCUGAGGAGAAUCCUGAAGUUAGUUUUGAUAAAGCAAUUCGAGAUGAAAUAAAGGAGCAUUUUAGGCGUUUGAAGGAUGAUUUUGUGAAUCAUUGGAUAGGGCCUGAAGGCCGCCCUCUUCAUGAAAUCUUGCUGGAACAAGCUAAGGUGGUCUGGCAGUUUCGUGGAAAAGAAGAUUUGGAUAAGUGGAUAGUGACUUCUGAUAAGAUGAUUGGAGGCAGAAGUGAAGUAUUUCUGAAAAUGGGCAAGAAUAACCAAAGUGCACUGCUGUAUGGAAAUCUGAGCUCCGAGGCCCCUCAGGAUGGAGAGAGUGGCCGCAGCGGGUACUGUGCAAUGAUAUCCAGAGUUCCAAAGGGCCCAUUUGAAAGGAAGAAGUCAUAUGAUUGGUCUCAGUUCAACACUCUGUAUCUCCGUGUCCGUGGGGAUGGUAGGCCUUGGAUGGUGAAUAUCAGGGAGGACACGGAUAUAAUCCAGAGGAAGAAUCAGAUGUACAGUUACUUCAUGUUCACCCGUGGGGGACCUUAUUGGCAGGAGGUCAAGAUUCCUUUCUCCAAGUUUUUCUUCUCUAAUCAAGGAAGAAUCCGAGAUGCCCAGUUCCAGCUUUUGCUUGAUAAGAUCUCUUCUGUAGGAUUCACCUUGGCUGAUAAAGUAGAUGGACCAUUCUUCCUGGAAAUAGACUUUAUUGGAGUGUUUACAGAUCCAGCCCACACAGAAGAAUUUGCCUAUGAAAAUUCUCCAGAUCUUACUCCACGACUUUUUAAAUAA